AUGUGCUACCACUGCGGCGAGACCGGGCACUUUAAGCAGCAGUGCCCAGAGAUCCGAGCGUACGACGUUUGCUUCCGGUGCCGCAAGUCAGGCCACAGUGUAGCCGACUGCCCCGAAGGCGGUGGCAGCGGCGGAAACGGUGGCGAGGGCGAGAAGGGGGGCAAGGGCAAGAAGAAGAAGCCCAAGUCGAUCUGCUACAACUGUGGAUCGAAGCGGCACACGCUCAAGCGGUGCAAGAAAGAGAAGAUCGGGAGCGGGCUGGACUUUGCGUCGUGCUAUGUGUGUGGCAAGCAGGGCCAUUUGGCGUCCAAGUGUCCCGAGAACAUGAACGGCAUCUACCCCAACGGCGGGUGCUGCAAGCGGUGCGGCUCGGUGUAUCACCUGCUGCGCGAUUGCGACGCCGUGGCGCUCAAGAAGCAGAUGGCGACGGCUGAAGCGGACGGCGGCAUGGGCUGGCACGAUCCGGGCACACUCGAGUAUGUGGUUCACCGCAAGACAACCGAGGCCAAGAUUUCCGAGGCGAAUGUCGACGCCGGCGCCACCGGCGCCAACCAACUGGAGCUCGGCACACGUGCUGGCGGCGCUGAGCCGGCGGCGGCGGCGCCGUCGGCCCCGCUCUCACUUGCCGAGCGGCUCGCGGCCAAGAAGCGCAAGGCGACCGAGCCAACAGUGGCGGCGGCCGAAGCGCCGUCGGGCCCGAUCUCGCUCUCGGAGCGGUUGGCGGCCAAGAAGCGCAAGGCGAGCCAGCCCGCGGUUGUUUCGUUUGACGCCAAGCGGCAGCGCACACUGCUCAACUGAGAUGAAGGAACGGUACAGGAACAAAGAGGGGGAGGAGAGGAAAG